UGACUUCUGUGCAACGCGAUUUCUGCUUCCGUUCUCUGGCUGGUCCGUGUAGAGGAGAGAAUACUCGACCCCCCUAGUUUAUGGAUAGCAGUGCUGUCCUUAAUACGAUACAGAGUCCUAGUACGAAAGCCCUUCCGAAGUCUUCGAAGUACGACCGCAAGCCUCUCGCCUGCUCCUCGUGUAUCACGAAUCCAAUAAUGACAGUCAGAUACUCUGAGCAGGUCCUUCCAGGAUGCAUACGCUUCUAUGACGAUUCCCUGAACCCUCAGAUUGACUCGUUCGACUACGUUUACGCCGGGUCCUCGAAAUCUAAGCAGUCCCAGCGGUUGCCCAACAGUCGCAUCCAACCACAACGUCGUCUCAGUGCAGAUGUGGACAUGUGCGACUAUCGUCCGCCAUUACUUCCGCGGAAACCGACGUAUAACCUGGACCGUCCACGAAACGAAGUACAGCGGCCAGUAGUCAUGGAACCCAACCCUCAUGCUCCUCCGCCAAUUUCCCUACCUUCGUCCUCACAUCAGUCACUACCACGUCUCUGUCUUAUGGAGAGGAAACCUCUACCGUCAGCCAUACCUCUUCAUGAACCCCGCCCACUUACUGUCGAGAAUUUGGCGCGCUUCAAUAUGCAAGAACAUCUCCAUCCAGCACCUCGGCAUCUCUCAGAUCAACAAACUCUUAUUCUGCAUCCGCCGCCUCUGCACAGGCGUAUACAUGCUCUACCGUCCAUCCCACCAUCCGUCCGCCAGCCGCAGCAUAUCCCCAUAUCUCUCAUGUCAAACCCGUGGAUACGCUCCAUUAUUACGACCAUCCGUUCCUCAUGCGCCCAGCUUCUCGUCCGAGAGCGUCAGGAGAAGGAGGAGAUCCGGCAGGAGCUGCAUGAAUUGAAAAGGAGCAUGAAGCGCCCGUUGAGGGAGGGAAGAAGAAGCCCGUAUUCGCGUGAGAGCAGCUGCAGCAGCUCGCGGGCUAGUGACGAACUUCAAUACCUUGCCUCGACUCCGAAGCGAAGGCGACUGUCAGUUUCUUCUGAAGAUGGUCUCAAACCCGUCCUGCAGGUGUUGGAGCCUGCGCUGCGGGAUCAUGCUGCAGUGCUGGUACCGCUGGUUGAGGAUGCGAUGGAGCCGCAGGUGAAGGAAGAGGAGGUGAAGGUACACGUCACGGAGGCGGCGGCAGAGGCAAUCAGGGGGGAGGAAGCUCCGGCUCCGGCUUCCCCUUCUUAUCUCCGUGUUCCUGUGUCAGUGCCGGCACUCGUACCAUGGACCCAAGAUAGCGAUGGGAUGGGCGAGUGCGAUAUGGACUUGGAGAGCGACAGCGAUCCAGAAUUAGAGGAGGGAGAGAUAUAUGAGGAUCGUUCUCUUGUGUCCCCUUCGCCAUCGGAUUCGUCAGGAGUCACGUUGGUCGAAGCGGUGGAGAACAAGUGGUUGAAUAUGGUUAUGAUAAGAUAGCUUUGCCAUUUUUAUGAUACGAUGAUUAUACUUACCUUACUGCAUCCAUUUCUCGUCGAGGCCUUUCAUUGGUAUCCUUUCUAGUGAAGUGUAACUAUUAAUAAGCAUCUCAUGCGCAGAGACGCUCUUGUUUUCAAAAGGUUUUUGCAUUAAGCACACCGGUACUGUCAUCGCUAAAUGUAAGGCGACUCUCUAGUUCGAUUCAGCGGAACGACAUGGUGCGCAAG